CUAUAAAUUGAGCUUCAGGAAAGCAUUCUUUAUCCAAAAGUAGGAAUUCUUCAGUAUAAUCUAGGGUUUUUUGAAAAGCAAAUUGAUUGAAAAUGGCACUUGCCAAGGCUAAGGAAAUUGUUUCUGCUAAUCCUGUCGUGGUCUUCAGCAAGACGUACUGUCCGUUCUGCGUUAGCGUCAAGGAUUUGUUAAGUAAGCUCGGUGCCUCGUUCAAUGCCGUUGAGUUAGAUACUGAAAAGGAUGGAAGUGAGAUCCAGGCAGCACUGGCUGAGUGGACUGGUCAGCGCACUGUGCCAAACGUCUUCAUUGGCGGGAAGCACAUUGGUGGCUGCGACGCCACAACUGCGUUGCACAGGGAAGGGAAGCUUGUUCCUCUGCUAACUGAGGCUGGAGCACUUGCUAAAUCUUCUUCUGCUUAGAGGAUCAAAUAGUCAGUUGUUUUUUUUAGUAAAUCAGUCUCGUGAACUUAACUCCAUAAAUAAAGUGCUUAUCUGUUUUCUGUAGCUAAGUGGUUAUGUGAAUGCUAUUGUUGCUUGGCUUCAAAGAAGAAAGUUUACUUGAAUGAGUGUCGUGCAUAUGAACAUUUUGCCUAA